AUGGAUAUCAAUGAAAAGGAUGGAAAUGAAGAAACAGCUCUUUAUAUUGCAGUAAGUAAUAAUAGUAAAGAGACAGUUGACAUUCUUCUUUCACAUGGUGCAAAUGUCAAUGAAAAAAUUAAAUAUGGAAACACAGCUCUUCAUAUUGCAACACAUUUUAAUUAUAAAGAAAUGACCGAACUUCUUCUCUCACAUGGUGCAAAAUAUUAA